UUUUUACAUGUCUUUAUGUUUCUUUUGUAGGAAUUACAUUCAAUGUGAAAGGAUCAAUUCACACAAUGGAUUUUGUAGAAAACUGGGUUAUCACCCAAACCUUGGGAGAAGGGGCGUACGGAGAAGUGAAGCUUGGUGCAAACAAAAGCACAGGCGAGAAUUUAGCGAUGAAGGUGAUAAACUCGUCAUUAGAUCCUGAGAUUAGGAGAGCUGUUCUGAAAGAAAUUGGGAUACACAAGAUCCUCAAAAGCCCACACAUUAUUCGGUUCUAUGGCAACCGUUCAGAAAACGGCAUUGAUUACAUCUUCAUGGAAUAUGCACCACAUGGAGAGCUCUUUGAUAGGAUCGAGCCUGAUGUCGGUAUGUCGACAAACGACGCUCAGAAAUUCAUGAUGCAGCUGCUCAAUGGUGUGGAGUAUUUGCAUAGCAGAGGGAUUGCUCAUAGAGAUAUUAAACCGGAAAACCUCUUGUUGGACGAGAAAGACAACUUGAAAAUCUCAGAUUUCGGCCUGGCUACUCUCUUUCGUUCCCAUGGAAAGGAGCGUCCUCUGGACAAAAAAUGUGGUACCCUACCCUAUGUUGCUCCAGAAGUUCUUCACCGGCCUUAA